AUGGAAGGUAUCAUGCAGGUGCGUUCUUUUGAUCGUCCUCAAGUACAGCGAAAAGGAUUUGAAGCAGAUGAUGAAGUACCGUAUGCGCAAGUCUUGCAUUCAGAAGAGGCACGCGCCAUGCAUACCUCAAAACAGUACUCGCCCAUGUCAAAAGCCUCGUCCAUGGUGUUGCCAGACUUGAUAACCCCAACAAGGGCCUCAUCAACAGACAGUGAGUCCAUCGAGAGCGGAUCAAUCCACUCCGUCAAGCACAGCAUCAUCAGCAGAGCUCAUGCGACACCUCCGCCACGACCACUGAGACCUCCCACUCAUGCCCUUCCACCCCCGCCACAUCCCCUAGGAAGCUUGCGCCUGGCCAUGAUGUCAGACUCGAUGGAACGAGCACCGACCGGGCUCAUGGCCGACGCCUACAGCCGAUCAGCUAGCUCGCUGCCAUUUGUGCUAGACAGCUCGCGCACCAAUUUACACGCCUUGGUGACGAGCCCCACACAGCGCUAUGCACCUGGUGGGCGUACUCGAUCUCAAAGCCACACAUUGACAUUGCAAGACUCCGAUGGCCAACUCAGGGCGACGAGAUCGCAAGAGUCUGAUGGUCGUCGUGAUGCACGAAGGUCAGACGAUUCUGAAGUGAGUGCACUUUUGGCAGCCAUGUCCCAGCCAAAUUCGCCAGUCCAUCAACAGACCCCUGACAGACGUCCACUGACUCCAUCGACCGUCAGCUCAGUGCUCAGUGGACCAGCUCGAUACCCAGGCUCUCCAUUGGGCGGAUUUCCCACACUAGCAACAGUCAAGCCGCGAAAAUAUUGCGGGCUGCCAUUUUGCGUUUUUGCAUCAAUCGUCGUGAUGCUCUCACUAGUCGUUCUCACUAUUGUCAUGGUCCCACUGUCAAUCAAGAUGUUGCGCAAAGACAUCGAAGCAUCACGCAAAAACGCAUCGCCUGAAGUGCGCUGUAAAGCGACUCUGUCGUGCAUGCAUGAUGGCAUUUACUCGCUCACUGGCAAUGGGACAUGUUCCUGCGUUUGUCGAUAUCCAUACAUUGGUGCUGUAUGCGAAGCGAGCCUCGACAGCAACGAAGCAGAUCCGGAGAAAUGCAAGACUGUGCAAAGUGAUGGUAAGACUCAGCCACUGGGUGCAGACAUUGCACAGCUGGUCGCUGUUGCGCAGAGCUUUGGGCAAAAGGUCGACAUGGAAUCGCUCAUCAAGCAGUUUAACCAGAGCAAGACUGGCUGUGCAGCACAGAAUGAUCUCGUUAGUUUGAACAAUGAGAAGAGCGUGUUGAAGCGCAACAAACGAAGUUUGCAAAACACGGAUGCAGCAAUUGACCAGAUAUUCGAAGGCGAAUCUGCACCGGUCUCUCGGUACGCUGUGUCUUUGAUCGAGCGGCCAGCCUACCCAGUGUUGACGUUGCAAACGUAUCUCGAGUCCAUCGCAGAGCGCCUCAUUCAGCUCUUUGCGGUGAAUCCCGACUUGCGGCGAUACCUUCUCUCAUUGCUUGGAGAUAUCAACGCAUCGAAUAUUCUGCCAAACGCCAAUGGACCGAAUGUUCCAAACUCAUUACCUCAUCCUGGUAUCGCAUCGAAUGGUAACCCAAAGAUACCGUCUUCGCCGCCAAUCCCGGGCUUUGCGCCUGUGAACAACCCACUCACAAAUUCAGGGGCAAUGCCGGGACCAGGAACACCCAACUACCCAGGUAUUGGUGCUAUUCCAGCUGCUGGAGGACAGACCACACCAGCUGUACCGCAGCCAAAACAGCCAUCCGUCGCAUCGCCAUGGGUACCGCCGCAAGUGCCUAGACCACAUUUGCCACCAGUCGCCCUACCGCCAAUGCCAAAGAAGCCUGACGACGAUGAUAUUGACGUGGAUGAUGCGAAGGAUGAAGGAGACCCCCCGAGACCAAGACCUACGUUCAGACCAGUCGUGCCAGUGGCAGUGCCAGAUGCCUUACCAUCACAAGUGCCGGCAAAAGAAGACCCGCAGAUGCCCACGCAAGUAAGCCCUAGCGUGGCAUCGACAACACCUACUGCAGAGGCCCCGGAUAACGACGACGAUGACGAUAAAGACGGAGGAAGCGAACCGCCACCAACUCCUCCUGCAAAGACUGGAACAGAUUCUUCGCCGCCUAGCACGACUCCACCAGCAUCGAAGCCCAAGGACAAUGACGAUGACGAUGUAGACGACGAAGGUGGUGACAAGACAAAGCCAGUAUCACCAGCAACGCCUACCCCACCGCCAAGUCCAUCGAAGGCGCCUGAUGGCGACGAUGAGGAUGAAGACAAGCCGGCAGAAGCACCCAUUGCCAGAUCAACGCCGCCUAGCACGCCUUCAGCAGCCCCCAAACCACAAGCACCGCCGGCAGCAGCAAAUGAAGAGACGCCCAAAACACCUGCCGUCGCAGCAGCACCGGCAAAGACAAAGCCACAAGCCGCGGGCAAACCUGCAGAGGUCGUCAAGCCGACCAAUUUGCCAAGCACGACGACGCCCGAGGGUCGCAAAAAGACGUUUCAGCAAGUCAUUGUCCUGCAGGUGACUGCCAAACACGGUGUUGCAGCUGGUCAAGCCAUCAAGAAGGAGAUUGAUGCGCGCGAGAGCAGUGGCACGUUCAAGGGCCAGUUUGAGAUUCCUGGAGAUGGGUACAAAGUCACUGUGAAUGCUGACAAACAAACUUUUGAGGUGUCGUAG